GAGGAGGAAGUGAGUGAAGCCUGAGAAAUAUGUGUCAGAGCGAAGGGUAAGCACCGAGGCGCGGCCAAGACGCACUGGACAACCGUCUGCGCUCAGGAACCACGGCACCGGGCUGGGACAUACCUCCAACACACCGGAUUCAACCGUGCGUAAAGUUAACACGCACAGCUUCCCUGAUGUGGUAGUUUCUCGAUCGCUGACUGGACCAAUCAGAGGUGUCCGUUAAGAGGAUACAGGAAGUAGGAUCAGUGUCCCAAUCAGGAAGAACAAUGGGUGACCAGGCCCCGAUCAUCACAGAGAGCUGCUUCACCACCGUCCUCCAUAUAUCCGAACCAGGAGAUGAAGACUACGGACUACAACACCAAACCCUGCCCCAAAUCAAAACCUCCACCGCAGAAGAAGAAGAAGAAGAAGUGGAGGAGGAAGUGGGCGAUGUGGUGGACCGGUUGAUCGUGCCGGACAUGCCCAUUUUAAGCACAAACAGCCCAGCGUCUCAGAAAACGGGCAAACAACAACUUAUCCCGAAAAACUUAGCCGUCUCGAGCCGACCCAAAAACAGACACCACACGACCGUCGUCACUUUCCCCGUGGGACUUGAGUUAUCCAAAAGCGGGAACGAAUCCAAGAGCAGACUGUCGGCAGUGGGUCCCGAGGUGGGGUGGGACGAGUACGACAGCGAUGGCGACGGGUUUGGGUUCAGGAGGAAUCGGAGGAACAAGUCGUACAAGGCGGCGGUGACCGAAGUGGGAUUUAUAAGCAAAGGAAGUGCGAACAUGCUGGCGCCGGUGAAGGAGCGGAGAGCGAUCAGCCCCAGUCCGUCCAGGAGCCCGGGGAGAAAGAGGACACUGGGGCGAAAGAGGAACCAGAAGCAGCGUGGAUCGUUCAAAGACGCCACUCCACGGCUGUACCAGGAUGUGAGAGAGCGGGGGCUGCACUCCACAAACCAGGACGAGCUGUUGGAUGAUUUCGUGGUGGUGGAGCAUCCGGUGGAGGAGGAGCGGGACCAGGGCAUCGUGGUGCGGAACUACAGACCUGCUCAGCUCACCUGGAGCCAGCUGCCACAGGUGAAGGAGACUGGAAUCCUGUCUUUGAUCACGCCCCAAGAAAGGAAGAGACAAGAGGCUAUUUUUGAGAUCAUCACCUCCGAGCACUCGUACCUUCACAGUUUGGGGAUCCUGGUGCGGCACUUUAAAAACAGCGAGGCCCUCAGGAAGACCAUGACCGCUACAGAACACCACCACCUCUUCUCCAACAUCUCGGUCAUUGAAGACGUCAGCAAACGUUUUUUCGAGGAUUUAGAAAAGCGUCACUAUGACAACCCAGUGAUCCGGGACAUCAGCGACAUCGUGCAAAACCACGCCGCCCACCAUUUUGAACCCUACAUCGUGUACUGCUCCAACGAGACUUUCCAGCAGAGGACACUACAGAAACUACUGAGCAAUAACACGGGGUUUAAAGACGCACUGAAGCAGAUUGAGUCGAGCACUGAAUGCGGAGGCCUUCCCAUGAUCUCCUUCCUCAUUCUUCCCAUGCAGCGGGUCACCAGACUGCCACUGCUGCUGGAUACGAUUUGCCAGAAAACUCCAGACAAAACAGCGGAAUACUUUGCUGCACUCUGGGCUUUCCACGCCAUGAGCAAAUUGGUCACAAGCUGCAACGAGCGGGCGAGGCAGAUGGAGCGCACAGAGCAGAUGUACACAAUACAGAAACAAAUGGACUUUGGGAAGAUUAAGCCGUUCCCCCUCAUCUCCUCCUCGCGUUGGCUCAGGAAGCGUGGAGAGCUCGCCAUGUCCUCGGAGGAGCUGAGCAUCUGGAGAGCCUUCAGCCAGAGGAGCUACUACCUGUUUCUGUUCAACGACGUCCUCAUCGUCACCAAGAAAAAGAGCGAGGACAGUUUCGUGGUGAUGGACUACGCCACGCUGGAGAACGUGGAGGUGGAGGUACCCGAGGAGACGGACGCGAGGACGGGGUCUCCUCCUGCAAAAAACAGCCACUUUCUCUCCUUCAAACUGCUCAUGAGCAAGAACAGCGACGGGAAGGCUGAACAGAUCCAUCUAGUGGCCGACUCCAGGGCGGAUCGGGCUCGUUGGAUUGUUGCUUUAAUGGAGCAUAAACAGGCAGGGGUCUUCACUUGUAAAGAUGGGCUUCCUCAGUAUGAAGCUACUAAAGCCUAUAUGCCCAAGCAACCCGACGAACUGGGAUUGCAGCAAGCGGAACUCGUUAUUCUUCUACAAAACGAAGACGGUUGGUGUUUUGGAGAGAGGAUGCGAGAUGGAGACAGAGGGUGGUUUCCUGCCAGUUGUGUGACUGAAAUCACCGAUCCCACUGCCAUAGAGAACAACGUGCAGCGUAUGAAGAGGCUGCGAAAGGAAACCAAUGUUUAAUAUGAACUGUUAAAUUAGAUGUUGCCAAUUAUAAACUGAACUUUUU